GAACUAGAAAAAAUGUUUCAAGUAAAAGUCAAAAAAGUUCGCACUAGCCGGCAAAAACCAGUUUUACGGCAAACUCGUUAUUUACAAAAAUCUCCAACUCGGAUUUAUACCAAAUUGAGAAAAAAGGCUUUUAUCCUUAAACUUAUAGCUAAUUCUAGUCGUAACACUAUUCUUAUCAAUUACCAAGAGAAGUUAUUUCCUAACCCACAAAAAACUCCUCGUCGACUUUUGAAAAUAAUUAAACCCCAAUCGGGACGCAAUAAUCAAGGAAAGAUUACUGUUCGUCACCAAGGAGGAAGGCAUAAACGAUUUUAUCGAAUUAUUGAUUUCAAACGUUAUGGUAAAGACAACGUGGAAGGUCAAGUCAAAAGUAUUGAGUAUGACCCUAACCGCAACUGUUUUAUUUCCUUGAUAAGUUAUCAGGAUGGUAGUUUUGCUUUUAUAAUUACUCCCGAAGGACUAAAAGUUAAUGAUAAAGUAGUCAGUGGAGAAGGAGAAAAUGUUCCCUUGCAAGUCGGAAAUAAUUUGCCACUACGUUACAUUCCAACUAAUACUCCAAUUCAUAAUGUAGAAUUAAAACCCAAAAAAGGAGGACAAUUAAUGCGGAGUGCCGGCACUUAUGCGGAAAUAACUGGUAAAGAAGAAGGUGGCAAAUAUGUGUUAGUAAAAUUGAUGUCUAAGGAAGUCCGGAAAGUAUUAGCAAUUUGUCGAGCCACUAUCGGCAAAGUAGGCAACA